AUGCUGCCAGUCCCGGUUCGGCUACCUCUCCUCUUACUCCUCUGUUUCGAAGCGAGCUGUACAGUCGCGCCCGAGCAGCACAUAGAAGUCGGACACGUUUGGAGCACCGUUUGGGCCUACUAUAGCACCGAGAGUGCUUUCCGCUGCCUGGAUGUCAACGGAGACGGCGUGGAGGAUGUGAUCGUGGGUUUCGCCACCGGCGUCACUCGACCCAAUGCGGCUGGGUGCUGGGAGCUAUUCGCGAUACAGACUGAGUUCUGCGGAGGAGGAAUCGCAGCGCUGGAUGGUGUGCAAGGAGACUUGAUCUGGAGAACGUUCUCACGCAACGAGAUAUACGCUUUGACGUGCUCUCUGGAUAUCGACGAUGACGGCGUUUAUGACUGCGUCGGGGCAGGACGCAUGUCGACAAUGCUGGCCGUGAGCGCAGUGUCCGGAUCAACCCUGUGGACCGUGGACAUAUCGAAUCCGGCUCUAGUGACCAUAUCGAAUUUUUACACAGCACAGCCCAUAAUUGACGUCGAUGGAGACGGCCUUGAGGAUUUUCUGAACAUCAAUGGCGGAGAUCCAUUCAAGAAAAAGGGCGAGCAAACCAGGUUCUCGGCGAGACUCGUGAUCGUUUCAUCGAGGAGCGGAGAAAUUAUUCAGUGGAACAAAGUUCCCGACGAGAUCGAGUCCUACAACUCUCCACUCGUACUCAAUUAUAAGAAUGGCUCGAAAUAUAUUCUAUUCGGAACCGGCGGGGAAACCACCCCAGGCAGUCUCUGGGUUCUCGACCUUAACGAUUUGAUAGCGACCAAGUCUACACGGAGUGCUCGCAAACUCCUCCAAGACAGCGAAAAAGGUUUCAUGGUGCCGCCAGUUUUGGUCGACCUCGAUUUGGAUGGGGUGCGUGAUAUCGUCCUGGCUCCCUUCGGUUCGCGUGUCUUUGCCCUAUCCGGAAAGGACUUCAGCCUGCUGUGGAAAUACGAAGAGCGUCCUCAGGCAGAAACGUAUUCGACACCCGCCAUCGGCUACUACAAUGAUGACGUCGUUCCAGACAUCCUGGUCCAGUUCAGCCACGGUCCUGGAUUCCCGAUUUACUCCGAUGCGGUGGUCCGUGUCCUCGACGGCAAGUCGGGAGUGCCGUUCGAUGGGUCGACGAAGUCACUGAUUGCGGUGCAGUCUUCGCCGCUGACUAUUUCAAGGGAAGGACUCGGUAAUGAUAUUUUCGUUUACGCGGCUUCCGACUGCGAGGGACAUGAGGAGAAUGGCUCCUUGAGUGUGAUGUCGUCGAACGUGUCCACGUACAAGGUAUUCCCCGCUCCGCCCCCAAUCUUCCUUCCUGACAGCGAUAGAGGAAAUAUCGAAAACCAUAGCGCGAUACUCAUUCGAAAACGAGCGCCUUCCGCGCCUCGACCGAGUGAAUGUGACUUGAACGAGUUAUCCGACGUUCCGAUCUAUUCUUUGAUGCAGUUGUCACGCACAAAUAUGUGCAAAAUGAGAUUCGCUGAUGCACCGAAAAUGAACACGAAGAUCUAUGCCAUGUCCCGGGAGAUCGGCUUCCCUGGAGUAGAAAUAUACAGCUCGAUGAAGCAGCGCGACACAGAGUACAGCCAGGCCGCCAUGUUGUGGAGAGCCAGGCGAGUCACGACGUUCAUGAGAAGCCGGAGGCAUGUCGGAGCCCACGACGGAGACGGACUCUUGAGAACCAUCAGUACGGGAAUGCUGACGGGCGCCAACGAAUCAGGCGUGCUUUUCACUUUCGCCGCGUUCUGGAGCUACAAUCCCGUGCCUCGAUGUGUUGAGGACAAACUCAAGCUCGAAGUGUUCAGGUUCAACACGAGCUCGAUGAAGGACCAAGACCAUGACGCCUUCAAAGAAAAUGCUGAGGACGAAUGCGGGAGCGAAUCCGAGAUCGAGGGUGACUUGAUGAGUCAGACGACGAUUCACAGGAUCUGGUUGAAAACGAGCUCAGGGCGCGUCAGCGCAACGCAGCGCUGGUCUCAGUAUAUGGGCUACGACGGUGAUUCAUAUGCGUAG